AUGGAAAUUUCGGUCAGUGCGGACACUCCAACCGACCAGCAGGAGAUUAUUUCCUUGCCAUUCGCUUUCUUAUCCUCUGGAAUCGUGCCCACUAAGCUAGGAGGAGGCACCGUGAAGAUAACCGAUUCAAGGAUUUUUAAAAUAUCCACGACGGUCGCUGUUGCAGAGGUUACGGUUGAACCCGGUGCACUGAGAAAACUUCACUGGCACCCUAGUACUAUGGGACAAGUGGACUUGGAAGAUCAAGGAAGGGUAACCGUUUUCUGCCGGACGGAGUACGGCCAAUACAUUCAACUACCAGGCGGGUGA